AUGGCAGCCUCUAUGAAACACUCUAGGAAAGAAAUAAUUAAUGCUGUUCCCUUUUCUGUUAAACUAUUUUUGUUUUCUUUCCUAAUUUGGAUUAUAACCGAUUCUAACCAGGGAAACUCUGUAAAAAAAUGGGGUAAUAAUGAGCACCACAUUUUGAAAAAAAAACCAGACCUCAGAGAUAACAGAUGGUUAGCAGAAAAAGAUAGCCAUGGUGAAUCACCACCUGAGCGGGAUAACUUUCAAAAUUUAGAGGAUUACUAUGCUAUAUUAGGAGUACCCAGAGAUGCUACAGACCUUGAAAUAAAAAAGGCGUACAGAAAGUUAACCAUGAAAUGGCACCCAGAUAGACAUGUAGAUCCAGAGUAUAAAAUAAUUGCAGAAGAAAAAUUCAAAAUUGUGCUUGAAGCAUAUGAAGUUCUAUCAAAUGAAACUAAAAGGCAAAUUUAUGAUAUCUAUGGUAUAGAAGCGGUAAAAGGAAACUUUACAAUUUACGAAGAUGACGAAGAAGAAGAGGUAGAUGAAACUCCUAAAUUUUCCUUUUACAAAACGAAAAUGAAUACCACUGAAAUGUUCAAUAAAUUUAUAGAUCCAGUGAAGAACUUUUCAAUUAAGUCAGCCUUCAAUGAACGAUUUCAACAAGUUUCAGAUUUUAUUAAUAACAUGAGCACCAAGAUUAACGCCUCUUCGACCCCUGGAGGUACGACGAGCGGUACUACGGAUAACACGCCUAAGACAUACGAAGCGCCUCUUCAUGUGACAUUAGAAGACUUAUUCCACGGAUGCCAAAAAAGACUAAAAGUUACGAGAAAAAGAUACAAUGGACCCGUUGCUUAUGACGAAUACAAACUGAUAAUUGUAGAUAUAAAACCAGGAUUAGCUGACGGAACCGAAAUUAUAUUCUAUGGAGAUGGGGAUCAGAUAUCUCCUUGGAAACAACCGGGAAAUUUAAUUUUCAAAAUAAAAACGAAAGAACAUAACAUAUAUCGAAGAGAGGGCAAUAAUCUCAUUUUUAGGUGUGUAUUAACCUUAGAACAAGCGUUAAGUGGCUUCCAAUUUGGGCUCUUAACAUUAGACAAAAGAGAGUUAAUCAUACGAGUAGAUGAUAUUGUUGCUCCAAAUUCUAGAAGAACAAUUCCCAACGAAGGAAUGCCUAUUUUAAAUAAUCCAUCAGCAAGGGGGGAUCUAAUAAUUGAGUUUAUAAUUGUGUUCCCCACCAAUUUGAGCAAGGAAGAAAAGGUUGCCCUGAAAGAUAUUUUAGGUAAUAAAAGAUGA